CUUCAGUUCUUUAUCUUUUGCAACUAUAUCACUUCCAAUGACAAAAACCGAUUCCUCCCAACAACACUCUAACUCAAAAGUCCUUAGUGAUCAAUUGGAUAUAUGGAGUUCAAUUUUGAACCAAAAGAGCAAAUAUGAAGCUUCACAAUCAAAAACUAGUCCCUAUAUUCACCCACUUGUGAAAAAAUCAGAAAGUUUUUUAAGUGAAAAGAGUCUUGAAAUUUGUACCGAGAGCCUUGGAUCAGAAUCUGGUUCAGAUGGGUUCUCUUCUUCUUACAAAUCAUCAUCAUCUGAGGGUAAUAGUUCAGAAGAUGAUGAAAAAUUGAAAGAAACGGUGAACAUGGUGGUGAAGAAGCCUCGGUGUUUUCCUCCUCCACUUUCUUCACUCACUAGUCAAACUCAACAACUCCAAAUGAAGCCCCACCGUGACAAUGGAAGGCUGUUUAUGUUCCUCCAAGUUGCGUCGGUUCCUUCUCAGAACAUUUUCUUCUCUAAACGACAAAACGGUCGCCUUAUCCUCACUUUUGCUGAUGAACAAGAAGAAGAAAGUGUUGAUGAGUUUGUGAAAGAUGAGUGUGUUAUAGAGAAAACACAGUUGAGUGGUUUAGAGAUUAUGGUGCAUAAGGAAAUUGUGUUAUUUGACAAGAAUCAAAAAUGGGUAGAGAGGUUCAAGAGAGAGACCAGUUUUGAGGAUGUUAGAGUUGUACAAAUACAUAAACAUGGUUCAUGGCCUAGAAUUCUCAAUCAACAAAAUAACUUGUCGUUCAUGAAGGAAAAUGGUAAUAGAAGUAACAAAGAUGUUGCCUAUGGGAACAUACAUCAAGGUUCAAAGGAAACACGACAACAAUUGUUGGUUUUAAGAGGGAAGAAUGGAGAUUUCUUGAUUCAUAGUUUAAAGUGUUACAAGGAUUCAACAUUCCAAAUCCAAAUUCCAAGACCCAUCAAAUUAAUUGAGUAAUUUCUCUACAUAUUUACAUAUACAGAAAUGCUAUAAUUACACCCAUUUUAACAUAUACCCCAUAUUAAUAUACAGUAUGAUCCAUUUCCCUUUUAUUUUAUUAUUAUUUUGUGUAUUAAUAUUUGAGCUACUUCCAAAAUAAUGCAUAAAAUUUAGGGUGUAGUCAAAUACGGUGUCACAAUAUAGUGUAAGCAUAGUGGGUCAUCUAUAAAUUAAUAUUUUAUU